AUCGAUGGACCUCCCAGCUCUAUGGCAGACGCCAAGGUAUAAAGAAAAAAAAAAACGCCGAAAACUCAAGUAUUGAGCAAAUCUAGACAAAAUUAUUCCUAACCACCAGGUGCUGAACCAGAAACGUGUCUGAGCCCGAGUUGUGUUCCAUCAUUUUAACGAGAAGAAAAGAAGAAAAAAAAAAACUCAAGAAAUCCUACAAAAAUGUCUGACAUUUCGAGCGAAGAAUUACGCCGUGAGAUUCAAGCCGUCUUAAAGAAUGCCGAUUUAGCUACCAUUUCGGCCAAGCGGGUGCGGGAGCAGGUGGAGGGCAAGCUGAACUGCUCGCUGUUGAGCCGCAAGAAGGAAUUCGACAAGAUUGUAAUGGAGGUUAUCAAUGAACAACAGGACGAGGAGGAUGAUGAGGAUGACGAUAAGGAUCCUGAUGCUGAUCCCGAUGAUGAGAGCGAGCCCAGCGAGGAGGAAGAUCCCAGUAGCAGCGAAGAGGACACCAAGAAGAAGAAGCCGGCACAAAAGAAAAGACCGCAACCGACCAAGCACAAGGCGCCGGCCAAGAAGAAGCGCAAGACUCUUAGCGCCGACGAUUCGGGAACUGAAAGUGAUGCCGGUUCCGAUUCCGAUUAUGAGGUGGCCAAAAAGCCACCAGCUAAAAAGAAGGCUGCCAAAUCUGGUGGAGGAGGCGGCUCCGGAAGCGGCCGCAAAAGCACUGGUUUCACACGCGCCUACAAUCUAUCGCCGGAACUAUCGGCUCUAAUGGGUGCUGACUCCUUGCCACGCCAUGAAGUGGUCAAGAAAGUGUGGGCCAUCAUUAAGGAGCGUGAUUUGUAUGAUCCUAAGAAUAAGCAAUUUGCCAUAUGUGACGAUGAACUAAUGAAGAUCAUGAACAUACGACGCUUCCGUACCUUUGGCAUGUUGAAGCACUUGAAGCCUCAUUUCCUUGACUAAAUGCCCAAAACGAGAGAGACAAGCCAGACAGACAUACACAUACACACAACACAGACACACACACACUCACACACUAUAUUACCAGAGGUGUGCAUGGGAUAAAUCCACUCGGAAUCUCUUUCUGACUAACUAAAAUAUAAAUUUUCCGUGUCCGCUCAAAUGAUUAAAAUACAUGCACACCUCCAUUACCACCAAUAUAUAGACACACUCUCUCCAGCAUCGCUUAAACCAUAGCUUAGUUUCCCUUUUAUUCCCCCGAUUCCUUUAAUUUUGCACUUUUUGGCUUCAUUUUAAUAUUUAAUGCACUUGCACAACCUAUUUUGGUUGACUAUUAUCCAUGAACCAUUCCAUCCAUGGUCAAAGCCAACUCCGUUAUCCGUUCACAUAAAACUCUAGAUUCAAAUAAUACCAAAUUUGGAUUCAAAGACUGCCAGCGUCCGCUUCUGUGAGUUGGGAAAGUACUGCAAGAACUCCUGCAAUAUUCAAAAAAUCGUGUUCUUACUUGCUUACCCACUCAAUUGUAUUCCAAUUCAGUUAAAAGGAACUGCAAGAGCAUUCAAAACUUCGGCUUAGACCGAAUUUAACCUCCAGGAUAUUUAAGGAUUUAGUUAUGCGAUGUGUAGACAACGACAACUUCGACUAUCAAACAAUGUGGACAUGGACGAGGACAUUUGACGGGACGUGCGGGGUUGGUACUAGGUCCACGCCCAGUAUCUGCCCCCUCCCGCCUCCUAUAUUGUGUUUAGAAAUAAACUCCAAAUAGGAUGGUAUGAUUUACAUAAAACCAUUUUAUAUACAUAGAUUACGGCAUUUUAAGUAACGUACAUACUUAUAUACAAAAUACCACAAAAAAAACAAAAAAAAAAAAUUUCAAAAGAAAAUUUUUAAGAAUUUUUCAACAUAUUGAACAUUGUGUAAUUUACCUUUUUAUAUAGAAUGUCAACGAGAAAAACGAAAAAAAAAAACACCAUACAGAUUUAAGGCAUAAUAUCAAAUAAACAUUAAACAUUUAAUAGACAGACAAACAGAUAGAGAGAGAGAGACGGAGGUUAACAAAUUGUGUGUAUUUCUGAUUCAAAUUAUUUUACGAAAAUCAAACAAACAAAAAAAACAAAACACGGGGAAAAUUGGGUAAAUAAGUCGAUUAUUGUCUCCCAUGAUCAUUAAUUUUAGGGUAAGCAAAUCCCUAGAUUAAUAAUAAAUCGAAAAAUUGAUUCUGAUAACUAUAUACAUA